UGUAUGCAUCGCAUGUAGUGUUAUGAAUUCUAGUGCAUUGUGCAUGUUCUGUAUCGGUACCAAACUAUAUUCAAGCAUCUGUAGUCAGGACUCCGGUGGCCCGUGUCAAUACGACGGCCAAAGACGUCGUGGAGAAAGGCAGAGGGAAGAUAAUUCUACUCGACAACAUUGAAGUAGGCUGUGGUCUAGCUCAGCGAAUGGAAUUAGCCUAACGCUACAAGCAUGGAUCAGCAUACAAACGUGGACGUGUUACAAUUGAGGUCAGAGGAGAAUGAAGUUAAUUUGCAGCAGUCACAGGAUCAUGAGGUAGAGUUGUGCCAGACCCUGAGACUGCAGGUAGAAGAUCUCCAGAAGAGACUUGAGGAGAAGGACAACAAACUCACUCAGGCGAACAAGGUGAUCAGAGCACUGAGGGAUGAGGUGCAGACACUGCAGCAACAGCUGGAGCAGCACAGACGGAAGUACCGUGAUGACAUAAUUGGACAGAGAGACCAGCAGUGUCAGUGUGGAAGAGGAAAUGACAUCACAUUGGGUCGUGGGGACCAACCAAAUGCCUUCCUGUCCUGUACAACGGAGGACGACCCAGAAGACGUUCCAAUGUCACCACAGGAAGUGGAGGACGACGCAGCAGAUGUUCCAACGUCUCCUGGUGAUGACACACUGACAUCAUCAGCGGGAGUGGAGGACGACCCAGCAGACAUUCCUCUUAUCCUCGGUGACGGUACACUCAUUAGAGUGAAAUCACUACGACGGCUGAAGCGGCCUGUGCGGUCAGUGAAGCUACAAGACCGUCGUGAAAUGUUGCGGCCUGACAGAGUUAUAAAGAUGGAAUCCGAAGAAGGUGACGAAGACAAUGACGAUGAGGACAAUGGCAAUGAUCCAUGUUAUCAGGAUAAUGAUGACGACAGUGAUUAUGAUCCAAAACGUGAUGGGUUCUAUUUCCGCUCUGAGAACAAAGAAGUGUUAUUUCCACCAGAAGAGGGCAUCGUCGAGCCUGAGGGGGAACAGAGGAUGCAGAGCAGAGGAGGCAAGAGACUAUCCACUGACUCCCCACAUGAAAACGCAUCCAUUGCCUCACCUGACAAUGGAAAUGAUCAGACUGUAGACAAUAUCUCAAUGCAAUCGGGUGGUCUCCUCCAGCACCAGACCCUGGGGAAACAUCCACCUGGGAGACUUCUACCUGGAAAACCCGGAAGGUCUAUGAAAGAAACGUUUCUCUCUCCCAAAGUAGUGCAAACAGAGAAAACCAACAUUGGAAGCUGUCAAGAGGUGGACCAAUCCUCUACACAGUCAAGUAGACUCAUCCAGCACCCCACUGACGAUCCACAUGAAAACACAUCACCCACCGACUCUCCACAUGAAAAUGCAUCCACAGUUUCACCCAACACUAGAAGCGAUCGGGAUGCAGGCAAAACCUCAACAUCAUCAAGUGAUCUCCAGAUCCAAUCAGCUCUUCCACUUGGGAAACCUGGAAGGCUUAUAAAAGGAACUGAAAAAAGAAAAGACUAUGUAUGUAAUGUGUGUGGGAAAAAACUAGCACAUGCCACCGGUCUGCGUAAUCACUUAAAAAUACACUCAGGAGAAAAGCCACAUGCGUGCGCUCAGUGUGGCAAAACAUUCAUUAAGAAAGAGAAUUUGCACGCUCAUGAAAAAUGUCACUCAGAAGACAGGCCAUAUGCUUGCACUCAGUGUGACAAAAUGUUCAAAACGAAAGGCGUUUUGCUCAUACAUGAAAGAAUACAUUCAGGAGAGAAGCCGUUUACCUGUACUAAGUGUGAAAAAACAUUCAGGGUUUUGACCAAUUUAAAAGCUCACCAGAAAACACAACACCCAGAACCGACAGAUGUUGAUAUUGAAAGGGAAAAGUUUCCCUGUGAUGUAUGUGGUAAAGUUCUAGCCUCAGGGCCAAAUCUCGUCCUUCACAAAAGACUGCACACAGGUGCAGGUACUCAAUGUGACAUGUGUGGUAUGCUAAUUUCCAAGCAGUCAAAUCUCCUCAAGCACAUGAGAAUUCACACAGGUGAAAGGCCUUAUUCCUGCACUGUGUGUGAAAAAACUUUCAUAUGCACAGGCACCUUAAACAUCCAUCAUAGACGUCAUCAUUCAACAGAAACGCCAUACAAGUGCCCAAAUUGCCCCAUGGAAUUCAAGAUUACCAAGGAUUUAAAAAGGCACGUCACACAAAAACAUUCGGGAGAAAAGGCCUUUUCUUGUCCUCUCUGCUCCAAGACGUUCCAUACCACUCACGAGUUGAAAAGUCAUAAAAAAGGUCAUUUGGGUUCAGACGUUGGCCGAGGUGACAAUAGCCAUGCGGUCCACUUGUAAUCUGUUUAAAUGUAUAAACCAAUUAAUUAAUCAUCAUAUACACAGUCAAAUAAUCUCCUUAAAUACGUACAGUCUAAAUAUGUUAGCAAAAUGAUAUUAGGUGGUUUAGAAUAUGAAUUAUAAACUGAUUAAACUAGAAAAGUGGCCAUGUUAAAAGUUUGUUAUAAUCGAUUAUAUUUCAAUGAUUUAAACGAAAAGUGCCCCAUGGCAUUCAAUAUAUCAGGAAAAUGAAAAGUCAUACAUGAAACAUAAAAUGAAAAUAUACAGGAGAAAGGCAGCAAUUUCACUGGACACUGAUUUCUGCUUACAAUCCGCAAUGUGGGUCCAGAUGAUUUAUCAGUAGUGAUCAGACCGAGCACAGAUCCACUGCACAGCUUCGAAUGCGGUGACCAGGCACCGUAAUGGCUGAGCUGUCACUCACAACAUAAUAUAUGGUGGUGUACAAAAUAGAUCUUUGUACAAGGUGAAUUAGAUAUAAGACGAGCUCUCUUACUCUCCUGGAGUUGGAUCAUGAAUCUGAUUUGAAUUUCUGUAACAGUGUCGUAAUAGAACAUCUGGAUAUCCGGAUAGUUGACGUGGAGCGGAUUUUCCGCCUCGAGUUGAACUUUUUACAACUCAAUCCACCUAACCGCAGAAAUACACCAGCGGCGAUGCGAUUCAAGCGACAGAGUGCAGCAGCAAGCGAUACGAGCGAUUGAGGAGACUAGAGUAUGUCCGUACAGGCAGAAGGCAAAGCAUUCAAUAAUUCCCAUUGGCUGUGGUCACUGACCUCUAUACAGUCAUUGGCUGUUGCAGCUUGUCGCCGAACCGCGUCAUAGAACGUUGAAAAGAUUUCAACUUCAAAUUCUCGCGCUCGUCGCGCAAAUCGCUCUAGUCUCCAGAAUCGCUUUUGUCGCGCAACUCAAUACAAAGUCAAUUACUUCCGUCGCUCGACUCGCUCAGAUCGCCGCUGGUGUAUUUCUACGGUGAUACUGUAAAAUCCGCGUCCAAUGUGAUCACGGCCAAAAGCUGUAUUCUUGUCCUCUCUGCUUUCAUACCACUUCAGAGCGUAAUAAUCAUGAAAUCACUGCCUUGAGGAUAAAUGGGGGUGGCAUAUACAGACUGAAUGUAUCACUGUUGAUCAUUCAUAGAUUUUCAUCAUAGAUACAUUUUACAUUUCUGAAAAGUUACAGAGGACAUGACUUCUGUGUCCUUAAUGGUAGUUACAGCCUGGUGCACACAGUGUCCAUUGUUCAUGUCACUGCAUUUGUCAUCGUUAUUAGGACAGCAUCCAGGUACUUUCAAUUCACUGAAUAUUCAAUGUGAGAGGCCUACGUAUUCAAACACAAUGCCUGAAGUGCAUUAGUGUGCUCUUUGAGACAUUUUUCAUGGUAGUAUCUAAGAUAGUGGGAGUAAUUAAGCAUUGGGUCGCAAACAGUGUAAACAGUGAAAAGUGAAACAUUCAAGAAACUGUAUCUGUUUAAUGACACUCUGAUACUUGUAGGCUGCUCAAAUGUGUAAGUCAUUAAGGUUUUUUGUGUUGUUGUAAAUCUGCUGUCUUACCAACCCCUUAAACUUCAAGGGGUUGGGCCUUGCUGUGGCUGAAUCGGGUUCGAUUCCCAGCCCGAGUCCUUUGCCGGCCCUUUCCCGUCUCUCUCUCCCCACUCG